UUUACCCAAAUAAAGUGAUAUACGAUAAAAAUGGCUGCAAAGGGCACUGUUAAGGCGGUUGCUCUCAUCACCGGUGACAACAACAUCAGAGGUUCUCUUCAGUUCCUCCAGGAACCUACAGGAGCUACUCAUGUCAAAGGGAAGAUCACGGGCCUCUCUCCAGGUCUCCAUGGUUUCCAUAUUCAUCCCCUCGGUGACACCACCAAUGGCUGCAAUUCAACUGGCCCACAUUUCAAUCCACUGAAUAAGAGUCAUGGAGCUCCUUCUGAUCAACACCGGCAUGCGGGUGACCUGGGAAACAUAUUUGCUGGACCUGAUGGAAUUGCUGAGGUCUCCAUCAUGGAUAUGCAGAUUCCUCUAAGUGGUCAGCAUUCCAUACUGGGAAGGGCAGUUGUUAUACAUGCUGAUCCUGAUGAUCUUGGUAAAGGUGGGCAUGAACUUAGCAAGACAACUGGGAAUGCUGGUGCAAGAAUCGGAUGCGGUAUCAUUGGGCUUCAGUCAGCUGUUUAGCUGUGGUCUGUUGCAUCCAAGACUGGAUAUCUAGAAAUGCGGUAGAUUUGGUGUGGAAGUACUUGUCCCUGUUCUAGAUUUCCUUCAGAAAAAGUUAAGGGCAUGUCAUAUAGGAUUCCUUCUU